AUGCCCACAACCUACCUCACCACCCUCUCCGCCUUCACCCACUUCCUCACCGCCUACAUCCACAACCUGCUCUACCUGCGGCACCUCUACCCGCUCCCCUCCUUCCUUUGCACCCGCUUCCACAACACGCCCGUCUACCAAUCGCGGCACCCCGAUGUCUGCCAAUGGAUAAAAGACGCCGUCGCCGCCGUCCGCGACGAGCUCCUCAAAGGCACCGUGGCGCGCAUCGCCAUCGUGGUAUACCAUCCAGGCUACGAUGAAGGCAGCGGCAGCGUGAAGAUACUGGAGCGGUACAUGCUGGAUGUGAGCGGGUUCCCGGUGGUGACGCGAGAGGAAAGGUUUAUGGAUAUUGAGUGGGAGAAGAGCGAGAAGGAGAAGGUGGAGGCGGAGAAGCGGGCUGCGGAGGAAGCUGCUGCGGCAGCUGCGGAAGUCGUUGGGAACAAAGGGAAGGGGAAGGCGAAGCAGAAACCCGAGGGACUUGACGCUGAUGUCGAUGUCAAUCUGUCGGAGCAGUUCCGCGCUGCGUUCAUUACACUUACUACGCGUGCAUCUCAGCUUGAGCCGCUGCCGCCGGAUUGCUCGUUCAACAUCAGCAUGGAGCUCAAGGACGAGGCAGACGUGGAUCCGCCCAUAGGACAUCCGCAGAAGUGGGUGCCGAGCCAGCCCAGCUUGCAGAAGACGGGGAGGAAGGGCGCCGUGUUGAACGACGACGAGAUGCACAGCCGUCCAGAAGGUGAAGACCUGGGCGGUGCAAAGGUCACGCCGAUCAGGACCGUAGAAGCUGGGGUGUUCCGGUUUGAGACUUGGAUUGAGGAGGGGAGGGCGAAGUUCGAGACACAUUGGCCGUCACAGCAGAGCAGCCUUGACAGUUCAGCGGGAUGA